CUGACUUCAAAAAGGUGCGCCUCUUUUCUCUUCUUACUGCAAUGCAGUACGGUGCAUGGUACAUCCCACCGGCGAAAUGGCUUCUUCAUGCCCGACAUCAGCAGCAACAACAGCAACAGCAACAGCAAGAAGCUGCACCACAGGCUGGAGGAGGAGGAGGGGGGCCUGUAAAGUCCAGACCACAGACCCCAACUUCUAAGUUGAAGCAACAACCCAGAGGAUCUCCAGACACAGAAAGACUGGUUCGCCCUAUGGCUCGGCGCAGGUCGUACAUGGCUGGCCUGUAUGGCAGCAAGGCAUACCGGGAAUAUAUUGAAAACAAGGGCGAGCAGGUUCCACACUACUUGGACAAGGUUGAUAAUGUCACAACUCCUCCAUCUAAACUGCUGACCUUGGAUAGACCGCUGCGAUCAGGUACAUCUCAUGCAUCAGGGAGCUUGAAGAGGAGGGGCACAACAGCCAGAAAACUCUCCAAAAGCGGUCGAUCUCUAGAAACUCCGACACCAAGGCCCGCAGGAAGACGGAGCAUACCGGACAAUCAGAGAGGCAUCGACGGAAACAGUGGCGGUAGGGUACCCCCUCAAUGGUUCGCUCGCGCUCAUUCCAUACGUGGAAGCAGGUCAAGCUCCUCCUCAAGUGCAGGGGGCAUGGUACGUUCUGGAUCAUCGUUCUUUGUGUAAACCACACAACAGACAACUGUCGAGAGCCUGAUGUGCAGCUUUUGUUGUGCAGCGGUCAUGAGGUGACAGGUCGAGUUAACGCAGACGUAACAAUUUGAGUUUUAACUCAAAGGUAACAACUCAGAGGAGGCAUCUCACUACCUAGUACCUGCCAUGCCGAUGUGUUGAAGGUGACGGGCUAUAUUGAAUCUUGGCAAGGAAGGAGAAAGCUCCAUACCGGGUGAAACAAGCGAGGCCCGAUCCAUGUUGGACUCGAUCCCAUACAUUUCAACACCAUACGUCUAAUGAUUAUAAUCCUCUGGACAGCAGGGAAUGGAAUGGGACACGACUCUUUGUGAUCCUGAAGGACGUCUUCCGUCAAUGUCAAGGGAGCAGCAGUUGAUAGACACAUAUAGGUUAACGAUUCGAAAGCCAGGCAGAUUGAUUAACAGACGCUAACCAAGCUUGAUUACCUCAGUUAGAUAGAUACGUUCAGUCUCAGUUUGGAAAAUGGCACAGCCUUGAACCCUUGGUCGCAUCUGGAAAAGGUCUGCAAAUCAAACUCUUUCUUCCUCCCGUCUGGUUCUGUUUCUGACUUCUGCUGCUAUCUAUGUGAUGCCAAACCAACUUCCUCUUGGGACUGUGUGAAUGAAAGCUUUAGGAAGAC